AUGGGCGAGAAAAUUUUACAGUUUGGAUUUGAAAUUCCUAUAAUUGAAUGGGAUUCUACUUUGGGUUACCCAUUGAACUUUUUCUACGGAGCUUAUUUAAUUUCUGUAUUCUAUUUCGCAUUAACUUCAACUUUGGGCUAUUGUACAGUUUGUGUUUUAAUGGCAUUGGGACAGUUCAGUGCUUUAAAAGUCAUGUUCGAGGAUUUGGAAGAGAUGAUCGUCAAUAAUGAUGAUGGAAGCAAACACGGAGCUAUAAAACAACAAAUAAAACUUAUUGCGGAAAUGCAUAACGAACUUCUUGAGUAG